CUAUUACAGGAACGAAAUGGCAUGAAAGAAGAAAAAUGCUAACGCCAGCAUUUCAUUUUGAUAUGUUGAAACAAUUUGUUGACAUUUUCAUUGAGGAAGGCAAUUACAUGACGCAAUGUUUAAAAGAUAUUAAAGGAUCGACUGUUAAUGAUUUAAUCUCCUUUACUAGUCGUCAUACGUUGAAUGUAAUAUGUGAAACCGCUAUGGGAAUUUCACUGAAAGAUAUGGGCGAAUUUCAACAACAGUAUCGCGAAACAGUUCAUGAUACCAAUAAACUGAUCCUAGCUAGAUUAACAAGCCCGUGGUUUUAUGCUGAUGUGAUAUUUGCACUUUCGCCAAUGGGUAGAAGGCAAGCGAAGAAUUUAAAAAUAUUGCAUGGAUUCACCGAGAAAAUUAUUGCGGAAAGAAAACAAUAUCACAGAAACACUAAUGGGCAAUAUUUGAAGCAAUUUGAAAAUGAUUCAGUAAACGAUGAUGAAGAAAUAAUAGGAAUAAAAAGAAAGCGAUUAGCUAUGUUGGAUCUUUUGAUAGCGGCGUUCUAUAAUAAUAAGAUAAGUGAUUUGGACAUCAGAGAAGAAGUUGAUACCUUCAUGUUUGAGGGUCACGACACAGUAGCAGUAGCUAUAUCCUUCACGAUAUUACUAUUGGCUGAGCAUAAGAAUAUUCAGGAACGUGUUAGAAGUGAAGUUAGUGCAGUGAUGCUAGAGAACAAUGAAAAACUUACUAUGACAGCAUUAAACAAUAUGCCAUAUUUGGAAAGAUGUUUAAAAGAAUCGAUGAGACUCUACCCUAGCGUUCCUAACAUAUUUCGAGUUGCGUUCGAAGAUUUAAAGAUACAAUCAUAUAUUGUGCCUUCUGGUGCACUAUUACAUAUUCCCGUUAAAUCCAUUCAUAGAAAUCCCGAUUUUUGGCCAAAUCCAGACGUUUUUGAUCCAGACCGAUUUUUACCAGAAAAUUCUCAAAAUCGUCAUCCUUUUUCUUAUUUACCUUUUAGCGCAGGACCAAGAAAUUGUAUAGGUCAGCGAUUCGCCAUGUUCGAGUUAAAGGCUAUAAUAGCUACUUUGGUGCAUAACUUUUAUUUGGAACCCGUUGAUUAUUUAAAAGAUCUUCGAUUCCGGCUGGAUUUGCUAACUCGAGUUUCAGAUCCAAUUUGUGUAAAAUUUAUUCCAAUCGAACAAAUGCAGGCAUUUAAAGUUAAUUAACAUGUUAAAAAAGUAAACAA